ACACCCCCAAGACUCACCCCCAACCCCACCCUCCUAGACACCCCCCCGCCAACACUCGGCCCCACCUCCAACUCGCCACCUCCCCCCCUUACCCCGGCGCCCUCUCUCUCCGCCUCCUUGCACGCCCCCAAAGCCCCGCCCUCGCACGCCCCCAUCCCGGCCCCGCCCAAGCUCACGUCCACCGCGGGCCCCGCCCUACGCACCUACUCUCGCCCCAUCCUCCCCUCCCCCGCGGGUCAAAGGUCAAAGCCCCCCUCCUCCCCCACCACCCAACCCACCGGCUCCCCCCUGGCGGCCCCCACUACCACCCCCGGCCCCUCCUCUUCGUCGUCACCCUUGGCAGCCAGCUUCGCCCCAUUCGCCGCCUCCACCUCCUCCUCUUCCUCUUCCUCCUCGUCUCACGGGAACCCGGCCCUGUGUGCCAAGGCAGCCGGCGGCCUGACCAAUGGGAACGCGAAGCCCGUGUCCACGGCGACCUCGGGACCAAUCACGCCCUUCCACACUCCCGCCAGUCCCGCCGGCCGACAGGGACCACAGACCAAUCCGAUGGGGAUACCGGGUCUCGUGCGAGCCAAUCAGAGCCCGGCGCCCGUCAGGCAGGGGGUUUCCCAGCAGGCAUUGCUCUUAGGGAAAAGCCUCAAAGGGUCUGGCCAAGAUCAGGUGCUGCUCAGAGCCCAGAUGCUUAUUCUCACGUCUGCAAUGCGUCCCGUCUCUUCCUCCGCCACUUCCUCCUCCGCCUCCUGCUCUUCCUCCUUCUCCUCCUCUUCCUCUCAUCCUGCUUCCGCUCAGCUCCAGAGCCUCACCCUCCGGCCCCCCCCCCCUGGGACCCUCGGCAUCCCCCCCUCCCUCCGCCUGAAGCCCCUCCCCUCGGCCCCCCCCGCCCUCGCUCGCCCGCGGACCCCUCUCUUCCCCCCGCUCAGGCCCCGCCCCCAACCCAGCGCCACGGCGACGGAGGGCCCGACCCCACCCAACCGCCACCUCUCCGUCGCGCCCCCAGCUCUCUAUUCUCCAGUGAGGGCCGUCCCCCUGAGGCCACGGCUCAACCCCGCUAACGGCUACAGAGCCCCGCCCCCCCGGCCGAGCCCUGCCCUCCAAUCAGCCGCCUCCGCCGCACAGAACCCGCCCCUCCACAAGCCGCCGCCCUCCUCCCAAACCGGCCAAUCGCAGAAGAGCUCCGUCGCCGUGGGCGCCGCGCUCUCCCGCUUCGACCGGACGCCGUCGGCCUCGCGCCAGCUGCAGAUCAUCGCGCUGUCCUCCGGUCGCCAGGGGCAACACGCCCCUGCCGCCGGCAGCGCCAAAGCCGCCGUCCAAUCACAGUCAGCGGAUCCCCCGGUGGCGGAGCCGCCGCCGCCGGCGCCGCCCGCCACAGAGAAACCAGCGGGGGGGCGACCGGGGGGAGGGGAACCCCUCCCUCCCCCCCCCUGUGUGAAACCCGCCCCCACGCCCAAGAAGACAGCGAGGGCGGAGGGGACGGAGGAAGGGGAGGGGGGGAGACGAGGCAGCACGGAGAACCCAGAGCCCCACCCAAAGACAAAGCAGAACCCGGGUGCGGCCCCCCCCCCGAGCCCCGAACCCCGGCCCCUCCUGGACCUCACCACCAAACCAGUAGCAGCCCCCAGCCCACUCCCAGUCCAGCUACCAGUACCAGUCCCGGUACCACAGCUCCCAGUGCACCCCCAGCGGCCUCCAGAGCCCGGGAGAGACCCUCAACCCGUCGGACCGGAAGACCUCUGUGAGAGCAUGUCCACCCAGUCGGACAACCAGUCGGCUCUGUCCAGCCUCUCGUCCCAGUCACCCCCGACCUCCCCCCCCGCCGCCGCCACCGAGGGGCUCGGCCAAUCACAGGAAGGGGAGGGCGACCCCCUGGACCAAUCGGUGGAGGGGGAGGAGGAGCUGGGCGACGGGUGGAUGCCGAGGGCGUGGCCUGAGGGCCGGCAGGUGCUGACUCACCUGGUGGAGGGCUUCGUCAUCAAGGAGGGUCUCCAGCCGUUUCCCGUGAACCGGUCCUCCCUACUGGUGAGGGAGCCUCCGGACACGCCCCCGGAGGCCGACGGGACCAAUGGGAAGGAAGAGUUCCCUGUGAAGGAAGCGGUACCGCCGGCGGGACCCACGACGGAUUCGGAGGAGGAGGAGGAGGAGGGGGGGGGGGGAGGGGACGCGGACGAGAUAGAGACCGGGCCCAGAGACAGGGCUGUGCUCCACUGUCAGUUCUGCGGGAAGAGAGGCCAGGCCCACAGCUUCAUGCGUUCCAAACGCUUCUGUUCCACUUCCUGUGCCCGAGGGUUCAACGUGCGCCUGACCAAGCGUCUGCGGGCUCUGAGCACGGGCAGCCGGUCAGAGAGACCCCGCCCCGUCCUGAACCGGGCCUCCUCCGUGCCCGGGAAACCCCUGCUCCUCAGACUGCCUCGAGACCUGUGGAGCACCAGCCGCCGGGAAAAGAGCGAACGGCGGGAGGAGGAGAAGAGGCGGAAAGCGGAGGAAGAGGAGGAGGAGCAGGAGGAGGAGGAGGUGGAGGAGCAGGACGUUGACGACGACAACGAAGAAGACGAGGAGGAGGAGGAGGAAGAGGAGGACGAGGAGGAGGAAGAGGAGAGGGACGACCCGUCGUUCUCGGCGACCACGAAGCCCAGCGAGUGUCGCCCGGCGCGGCGCCCGCGAAGGGCGUCGGAGCCCGCCGUCACCACGGCAACGCCCACCUCCACCUUCAAGCCCCGCCCCUCGGCGUGGAGCGUGGAGGACGUCACCGCCUUCAUCCACACGCUGCCAGGGUGCAGCGAGGUGGCCGAGGGCUUCAGGCUCCAGGAGAUCGACGGCCAGGCGCUGCUUCUCCUGACCGAAGACCACCUGAUGACCAGCAUGAACAUCAAGCUGGGCCCCGCCCUCAAGAUCUGUGCCCACAUCAACACCCUCAAGAACCAAUGAGGGGGGCCGAGCCGCCUGACUGACAGGAGGGGGCGGGGCUAGGAGAAGAUGUGGAUUAUGAUGAUGAUGAAUAAACAAGUGCACAAAAGGAGGAGAGGGAGAAAAAGGGUGGGGUUUAAAGUUAUUGUGGGCGGGGCCCCGGACACCAGUGAUGAUGACUAUGGGGAGAUAAACAUCAAAAGACAGAAAGAAUUCAGAUUUGUUUUAAUUUAUAUUGACCGGGGAUGAGAAGGGAGGUUUUUAUAGAGGGGUUGGAGGGGAGUACGGCGGCGAUCAACGAAAAUGAAUCUGUGGCUGGAUAUAAAGAUGUUGUUUUUUUUAUCUUUGUGUAUAUUUUACAACGCAGCUGGAGAGUGUAAAUUUGAAGCUUUCACGGAAGGAUUUUGAACAUUUUAAUAUAUAAAUUUGUCUAUUUAGUUUUUUUAGAAUGUGAGUCCCAACGACGAAGCUAUCCAGUAGAGAACAUAACCCGUGUGUGUAAAAGAAAAAAAAUGAAGUAGACUUUGUAAGUUAUUAAUCAAAGUUUAAUGUUUUAUAUCUCUGUAACCUCUGGACAAAAAUAUGUCUGUCACUAUCAGGGUCCAGACCCAUGUCUUUAAUGGUCACAUUUUUAUCGUAUCAUGCUCAAAUUAUUUAAUAAAUCAAGAAUUAAUCCAUCAGAUUCCUCUCGAAUGUUGUGGGUUCACUUCAAAUGGCGGAGAGGGUUGGGCCUAUUAUGGUGGUUAUAUUACGCACCCAUAGAGGGCGCCAGUGAGUAGCAUGCUGGUCAUAAUAGGACGGAUAUAUUACGCACCCAUAGGGGGCGUC